UUUUCGACGAGAGCCUGUUUCUCUCUCUCUCUCUAUCUUUCUCCAGAUUCAGAUCAUCUUCUCCUCGUUAAUUCCUCUCCCUUCUUCCUCCAAAAUCAACGUCCAAUUCUCCCCACAAAUCUCCAUUACUCCAUCGACAUACCCUCAGCUCCAGUUUAAUCCCCGACCUCUGUUUUCAUCUUCACGGAUCCAACAGUGUGGGGCGUUGUAAGGAUUGAGUGAGGAAGAUGGCCAAUCAGGUGGUGAAAGUGAAGCGGGAGACGAUUGUGGCAUGCAUGACUUGUCCUCUAUGCAAUAAGCUCAUGAGGGAAGCCACCACCAUAUCCGAAUGUCUUCAUACGUUCUGCAGGAAAUGCAUAUACAAUAAAAUACAAGAGGAGGAGCUGGAAUGCUGUCCAAUAUGCAAUAUCGAUCUUGGUUGUGUUCCUUUGGAAAAAUUGAGGCCCGACCACAAUUUGCAAGAUUUGAGGGCCAAAAUCUUCCCUCUCAAAAACAGAAAGAUGAAGGCAUCUGAAGCUGCGCCCCCUGUUGCAUUACCAGCUAGAAGAAAAGAGAGAUCACUGUCACAGUUGGUGGUUAAUGCCCCAAAAGUAUCACCACAGACUAUGACUGGAAGAAGGACAAAAGCUGCCACCAGAAAGGGUGCUGCUUUACGAGGUUCUAGUUUUUCAGUUGAGAAAUCUGUUAAAAAAGAGGAAGAUUCUGCUGAUGAUCACCAAGAAAGUGCAAGCUCACCUGAAACUCUAAAUAAAUUUACUCUGAAUAAAAGACAGCGCUCCUCAUCCGCUGAGCCUAGCCAGCCCACAAACAAGAAGGAAUCAGAGACUGGUGGUGAAUCAUGGGACCGAAAAUUGGAUCUCUGGAAACCUUUAAAUUGUUUGGUGGAAGCUGCAAAUCGGACCAAGUCCUUCAAGUCUAAUUCACAAGGCUCUGAUUCUAAAUUAGAACCUGCAGCUGUCCCUAACAAUGAUUCUCAAGCUGGUAAAACAAAACUCAAGGAAGAUAAAAGCAAAUUGAAAGUUGAGGAUGAAAAGAACAAUACUGAUCCUACCAGAUCAGAAACUGUAACUCCUAAAAAGCUACGGAGGAUCCGCCGAAAAAGGCCAGCUACUCUUGGGACCUCUGGUAUUUCACCUCAAGAUGUGUUGGAUGCUGCUGUUGGUAAACAUGAAAGAAGGAUUGGUCCAGUUUGGUUCUCUCUAAUAGCUUCUGAAGACCAGGAGGGAAAUGGACCACUGCCUCAAAUUUCUGCAAAUUACUUGAGAAUAAAGGAUGGAAACAUGCCUGUGUCAUUCAUCCAGAAGUACCUGAUGAAGAAACUAGACCUCACUAAUGAGGCUGAGGUUGAGAUCAAAUGUAUGGGAAAACCAGUAGUCCCCACAUGGCAGUUGUAUAAUUUAAUUGAUUUUUGGCUACAAAGCAUGUCAACAUCACAGCGAGUUCCAGUCACUGUUGGUUCCUCAGCAAAGGAUUUUGUAAUGGUCCUGGCCUAUGCCCGCAAAGCCCCCAAUCAAUAAUAGUGCAUCUUUCAUUCUUUGCCUUGCAACAUCAAUAAUCUGCAUCUAUCUUUGGACAUCCCUGGUGAUAGAGUAGCUUCAGGAUUUAUGUUAUAAGCAUGUUGAGAUGGUUUCAAGAACAUUUGCAUUCUCUUGCAAGCAGUAAUUUAUACACAGUGCUGCCAACGACUUUAUUAUCAGUUUCCUCCCCUCACUCUGGAUUGAAAAAGUACCAUACAUUUUUUUUUCUUUGGUUUCUUUUUAUAAAUACUGAUGCUAUUUGUCAGAGAUGCAAAAUGUUUUCAUUUCUGCAUGGAAUAGAAUCGUUUCUUUUUGAAGUUUUUAGCUGCAUGCAGCUGGGGAUUUGGAUUCAGAGACAUUUUAUCAAACAGGUAGCCAACGGAUAAUUCUGAA